UAUAAUAAGGUUAGGUUAGGUGCGCGACGCCGCUAACACAAAUAACAGUUUUUUUUCUUAAAAUCUUAAAAAAUACAAACUUGUCUGUAUUUGUGUUAAAGAAAUUUCCAUAAAAAUGGCUGCAGUCCCUUACUCAAUUGAUCCACGUUCCAGGGAAAUAAUUCCAAAGGCAAAAGUACUGGUCGUAGGUGCUGGUGGAAUAGGAUGUGAAGUAUUGAAGAAUUUGGCCCUUUCUGGCUUUCAGGAUAUCGAAAUUAUUGAUCUUGACACAAUUGAUGUCAGCAACUUAAAUCGUCAGUUCCUCUUCAGAAAAGAACAUGUGGGCAAACCCAAAGCAUUUGUAGCACGUCUAAGCAUCCUAGCCCACAAUCCUGACAUAAAAAUCGUCGCUUACCAUGAUAGUAUUUUAAGCUCAGACUACGGCUUAAACUUUUAUAAGAGGUUUAACCUGGUGUUAAAUGCUCUUGAUAAUCGCACUGCCAGAAGUCACGUCAACAGGAUGUGUUUGGCUGCCGAUAUUCCUUUAAUUGAGUCAGGUACUUCAGGUUAUUUUGGACAAGUUGAUCUGAUCAAGAAAGGUGUUACUCAGUGCUAUGAGUGUUCACCUAAAGAGGCACAAAAGACUUUUCCGGGUUGCACAAUUAGAAACACUCCGUCGGAGCCAGUGCAUUGUAUUGUGUGGGCCAAACACUUGUUUAAUCAAUUGUUUGGUGAGGCCGACCCAGAUCAAGAUGUCUCACCAGAUACAGAAGAUCCAGAAGCGAAAGUCGAUGGGGAAAAUAGUGUCACUGAAAGCGGAGAUGUUAAAAGAGUGUCUACGAGACAGUGGAUUCAGGACAUUGAUUAUGAUCCAGAGAAAUUGUUUAAUAAAUUCUUUUUGGAGGAUAUUAACUAUUUGUUGAGCAUGGAGAACCUAUGGAAAAAACGCACCCCACCUAAACCAUUAUCUUGGGCGGAAGCUCAAAAACUCGUAGGCGACAAGGAUAAAACAAAUGAUGAUGAUAGCGUUCGAGCAAGAGAUAUGGAAGUUUGGCCGAUAGCGAAAUGCGCCCAAGUUUUCGCCGAGAGUAUUGCCACUCUAAAAAAGGCACUAGCAGAUAAAACCUUCUUGAUUUGGGAUAAAGACGAUCAUCCUGCUAUGGACUUUGUUGCUGCAUGUGCCAAUAUCCGCUCUCAUAUCUUUUCUAUCACUCAAAAGUCUCGAUUCCAAAUUAAAUCUAUUGCAGGAAACAUUAUCCCGGCCAUUGCAACUGCAAACGCAAUAAUUGCCGGUUUAGUGGUGCUUUAUGCUUUCCGAUUGUUGAUUGCCGAGUAUGAUAAAUGUACUCCUGUGCAUUUGAGACCGAAAUCAACUAGUUCUAAGGCUGUUAUUAGUGCCGAUAAGGUACUUACAAAGGCAAACCCCAAGUGUUACGUAUGCAGCCCCCAACCGUUCGUCAAUGUCUUCGUAAACGUAGACAAAAUGACAGUGAAAGAAUUCGAUGUUGAGAUAUUAAAGAAACAACUCAACAUGGUGGCCCCAGAUGCCGUCUUAGAUGGCAAAGGUGUUAUUGUCAUCUCAUCCGAAGAAGGAGAAUCUGAAAUGAAUAAUGAUAAGGUCUUGUCUGAAUUGGGUAUCGUGGAUGGAAGCAUGCUAAAAUGCGACGAUUUCUUACAAAAUUAUGAAUUAACCGUCGCGAUUAAUCAUUAUACUCCAGUAGAAAAAGAUGAUCCGCCUUAUAAAGUUGUUGCGGAUCCGGAAGAGCUUAAACCGAAAGAGGAUAAAAAUGGCAAAGAAAAUGGCGCCUCUGAAAAAGAACCCGAAAGCGAUGACGACGAUCUCAUCGCAGUUGAUUCCGUUGAUGACCCUCAAGAAGGAUCGUCUUGCAAAAGGAGCAAGCUGAGCGAGGACAACGAUGAUAUUAUGAUCGUUGAUAACCCCGUAUAAUCACUACAAACAGCCAUGAUUACACAUUUAAGUUUGUAAUAUUUUAAGAAAUCUAUUAUUUUUUUAUGAUUGAGUUUUUGUCUUGGUGUUGUGAAGUUAUUAAGGCCAAUAUAGCCAUGAAGAAAGUCUCGAUUUUGGAAAAAAUAAAUUAUUAACGGUC